AUGAGAAGGAUUAAGACGACGAUCUGUACUUUCGACGCGCGGACGCUUGCAUUGGAAGCGUGUAUAGAAGACCUGAUGAUGCAAGCUAGGAAGACCAAAUACGACGUCAUCGGAGUGAUCGAGACGAGAAUGCAUCGCCUGCUGCACGCUGUAUUUGAGAUUGGAGAAGAACUGUUUCUUGGAGCAUGCGACAGUAGAGGCGUCGGUGGCGCAGUGCGUGGAGAGAGCUAUGAAGUUUGGGAACGAAGCCUCAACACCUCCAUGAAAUGGAGUCACUUCGCUUCCCUUGCGAGUAAAUGGGAAGAUUCCGUUAUCGACAACAUCGAUGAAGAAUACAAUCGGCUCAUUGAACAUCUCCACGAUAGCGGUAGGAAAACAGAGAGUCUACAAGAAACCAAGAGACGACUUUCUUCGAAGACUCUCGAGCUGAUACACGAACGUGGAGUCGCGCGAGCUUCUGGCAAUCAUCGACAAGCGUCCGAACUUGCGAAGCUAUGCAGAGAAGCGAAAAAGGAAAAUCUGAAAGAGAGAAGAGCAGCAGUUACGAAGGAAGCCACCGAGGCCGAAAAGAACAUUCGCAAAGCCCGGCGGAGGUUCGCCAAUUGCAAGCCUAAGAUGACUUCUCUUCGUCGCCCAGACGGAACAGUUACUGCAUCUCGAAGCGAGAGACAAUGGAGAAGGUCAUCUACGAUUUCUACUCCGAUCACUUCGAUAGCCACGUCUACCUGCCUACCCACCAUCUUCGGCAGGACGAAUAUAUCGCUCCUUCGGUUCUCCCUUUCGAAUUACGAAAUGCCAUCACGUCGAUGA